AAACUAAUCAGUCGAGUUUGAGCGUUUGAAGCGUUUAAGUCGCCUAUUUUGUUGCUUACGGUAGAAAUUAUAGCUCGUUUGUGUUUGAAAUUUUAUUUGGAUCGUAUAUUUUAGAUACUUCUAUCCUGUUCAAAGUGUACUGUUGUUUAGAAAAGUGUCCUGAAAAGUGAUUUUCAAUAAAAGCUAAUAUUAAUUUAGUACAAGUAAUAAAAGAGAAGUGUGAAAAAAUGCCACCAACUGGCUUAAUAGCUGUAAAUAGCGAGGAUUGCAAGCAUUGCGAAGAGGACUAUGAUGAGGAGUAUGAAUUUCAUGCAACUGUUUGUGUUUGGACCAGAUAUUCCGAUGGCACCGUGAAGCUGCGUAAUUCCAACAUCGAAUUGAUGGAUCAAGAUAUACUCUACCAUCUAGCUUUGGGCAGUGAAAGUCAUGAUUUGCAUGAAAUGUUCGGUGAUGUUAAAUUUGUUUGCAUGGGCGGAACACCAAAGCGCAUGGAGAACUUUGCACAUUUCAUUAUGGGAGAAAUUGGUUAUAAAUUACCCGCCGGUACAAAAUUGGAAGAUAUCAGCGCCUAUUCAUAUCGCUACUCAAUGUACAAAGUAGGUCCAGUGCUUUGCGUUAGUCACGGCAUGGGAACACCCUCUGUGAGCAUAUUAUUGCACGAAUUGAUCAAACUCAUGUAUCACGCCAAGUGUCAAGACCCCAUAUUCAUACGUAUUGGCACUUGUGGUGGUGUUGGAGUUGAGGGGGGUACUGUUAUCAUCACCGAAGAAGCGCUCGAUAGCCACAUGCGGAAUGCGCAUGAAUUUACAAUUUUGGGCAAAACCGUGUUACGACCUGCCAAAUUGGAUAAGAAACUGGCACGUGAACUCAAAGCGCUGGCCAGUGAGGAUGAUCCUUAUGACACGAUUAUCGGCAAAACUCUAUGUACAAAUGACUUCUAUGAAGGUCAAGGUCGUUUGGAUGGCGCAUUCUGCGAAUUCUCCGAAUCCGAUAAAAUGGAGUAUUUGGAAAUGUUGAGCAGCAAAGGUGUGGUCAACAUCGAAAUGGAGAGCACCAUUUUCGCUGCACUUACAUAUCAUGCUGGCAUUAAGGCGGCAGUCGUAUGCGUUGCGCUAUUAAAUCGUCUAAAUGGCGAUCAGGUAAAUGCACCCAAAGAGGUAAUGCACGAAUGGCAGAAUCGGCCGCAAACGCUCAUUUCACGUUACAUAUGCAAAACGUUGGCGCAGAAAGGACAGCUGAAGUCGCUAUCGCGAGGCUCAAUUAAGUCGCCACGGCGUUUCAAGUUGGUGCAGCAGGAAUCACAGGCGCACGAAUAAGUGCAGCAAGCAUUUUUAGUAGUAUGCAGUUGAAUAUAUUACACAUCUACAUACGAUAUGAUACAUAUUGACGAAGAUCAUUUGUUGCCAGUUAACUUGCCAGACACAAGUGGGUGGUUCAACGCAACAUACGCAUUAGAUAUACAUACCAUACAUACUUACAUAUAAACAUACACAUACAUAAAAUACAAUUAAUUGCAUAUAGAUGUAUUUAUAAAUAUGUUAACAAGUAAAUUUAAUAAUAACAAAAACAAAAACAAAAUGUUAAUGACACCACAUACGAAACAUUCCCAAAAAAAGAAAAAAACAAAAAAAACUAAGCGUUAAAAGACCAAAAACUUAUUGUUAGCCAGUGUUGCACAAACGAUUUUUUUAAGAGUUUAACACUACAAUGAAAUACAGCAAUUUAUUGUUGAAAAAUCAAUUUGUUGAAAAAGUUUAAGAUAUCGGUAUUUAUAUAUGUAUAGAGCGCGUUGUUUGACACACGCGUUAUUGUGGAAGCAUUUGAGAAUUUAAUUUUAUAAUUUUGUAUUUAUACUUAUUUAAGCUAUUUAAUUGCAUAAUGUUUUAGUCUUUGAUUUAUUAAGCAAAUAAAUAAAAUUUCCUAAAGAAAAGACAGCAACGAAUAUUUUGCAUACCCUCAAAUUAAGCCGUAGAGACACAUAAAUACCGUUACUUAAGUUGAAAAUGCUUAAUGUAUAUAUGUAUAAAUAUAUAUUCAAACACAUUUAGUGGGCGUGGCACCUACUUAUGCAUUUUUGAGUCUCCCAUAAUAUUUAAAAGAAAGGGGUUAAUAUUGUACUUACAUAUGCACAGUUAUAUUAAGUCACUUUUCGUUAUAAGCGAGUGGCAAAAGAACGCUCAGCUCAACUAAAACUCGGGUAAUGUGUUUAAGAAAACUGGUAGCACAAAUAAUUGAUUGUUAUAUUGACGAUGGUUUUUUGAAAAUUCCUCAGUAAUUAUUUAUUCACGUAACGUAUAGCCGUCGCUUAGAGUUAUAACAGUCUCUUACAGUUAUACCAAUCGCUUAGAGUUAUACCAGUCUCUUAGAGUUCUAUCAAUCUCUUAGAGUUGUACCAGUCGCUUAGAGUUAUAUCAGUCUCUUUAAGUUCCACCAGUCUCUUAGAGUUCUAUCAGUCUCUUUCAUUUACACCAGUCUCUUAGAGUUAUACCAGUCUCUUAGAGUUAUACCAGUCUGUUAGA